AUGUCACUGUUCUGGGCAGGAGUUAGCUCCGGAGGUGGGAGCCUCUUCGGAGCACCAAGCGGAGGAUUGAUGGUCCAGCGGGCGGGAGAGCAAGCUCCGGUGGAAGCCUGUUUGGUGCAGCCCCAAGCGGAGGAGCCAGCUCUGGUAGCAGCCUGUUUGGGGCAGCCCCAAGCGGAGGAGCAAGCUCCGGUGGAAGCCUGUUUGGUGCAGCUCCAAGCGGAGGAGCCAGCUCUGGUAGCAGCCUGUUUGGGGCAGCCCCAAGCGGAGGAGCGAGCUCUGGUAGCAGCCUGUUUGGGGCAGCCCCAAGUGGAGGAGCAAGCUCCGGUGGAAGCCUGUUUGGUGCAGCUCCAAGCGGAGGAGCCAGCUCUGGUAGCAGCCUGUUUGGGGCAGCCCCAAGCGGAGGAGCAAACUCCGGUGGAAGCCUGUUUGGUGCAGCCCCAAGCGGAGGGGCCAGCUCCAGUAGCAGCCUGUUUGGUGCAGCCCCAACCGGAGGAGCCAACUCUGGUGGCAGCCUGUUUGGUGCAGCCCCAAGCGGAGGAGCUAGCUCCAGUAGCAGCCUGUUUGGUGCAGCCCCAAGCGGAGGAGCCAGCUCCAGUAGCAGCCUGUUUGGUGCAGCCCCAACUGGAGGAGCCAGCUCCGGUGGAAGCCUGUUUGGUGCAGCCCCAAGCGGAGGAGCCAGCUCUGGUGGCAGCCUGUUUGGUUCAGCCCCAAGCGGAGGAGCCAGCUCCGGUGGCCUGUUUGGGGCUGCAAGCGGAGGUGGCAAUCUCUUUGGUGCCAGUGCAGGUCAAUCAAGUGGCACCAAUCUGUUUGGAGCAGGAAGUGCAUCUUCUGCUUUUGGUGCAGGAGCAAUGCCUUGUUGCAGUCAUUUUGUUUGUGCCCGUCGCGCGCCACCUGCCCAUUCUUGGCCUUGAGGAAGCGGAGGUGCAACCUUCGGCGCCUCAAGUGGAGGCAGCCACAGGGGCAUGUGAUUCAUGUGGCUUACAGACGCAAAGUUCCGAGCUGCAGCAGGCUCGUGCCACUGUGGUGGAGCACCGCAAAGUCAGCGACUUGCUGCGCAUGUGGGAAGAAAGGAUCCACAAGCAGGCACAACAUUUUGACGCCUUUGCUGAGCAGGUCUUGCGCUUUGACACUGAUUUGAUUGCCAACGCUGCAAAAGUCAAGGUGCUACGAGAGGAGCAUGCUCAAUUGAAGGGCCGACAAGAAUUGGUAGAUCGGUCUUUGCAGCAGAUCUGGGAGCAGCAGGACUCGCUGGGGCGGCUGCUCUCCGGCUUGGUAGAGGCCCUUCGACCACAGCCACAACAAGCUGACGAGGCGGCUGGCAGUGCAGCUGCGCCAAUUCGCAGCCAUCAGCGAGCACUAGCACUGACUCUGCAGCUGGAUGAACUGGAACGACAGGCAGAAGAUUUGGCACGAGAGACUGGCAAAAUACAAUCGAAUUUGUACAAGGAGCCACUUACAACCGUGGUCCGAGCAGACAUCUCAGGGUUUCGUGCAGAUCAGAACGACUGGGUCAUGGGUCGCAGCUGCGAGGUGCUGGAUGCCCACGCAAGUGCACUGGACACUAUGUCAACACAGGUCACAGCAGUGACACAGAGGAUUCAGGUCAUUGAGGGUGCUUUGUGA